GUGUAAUAAGUAGCCGGAGUUUUCCGAUUCGAAGUGACAUUUUCCGGAGAUGACGUUUACAAACGAUGUAUGUAUGUAUGUAUGUGUGUGUGUGCAAACUGAGCGGAGGUGAAGAAGAGGAGGAUGAAGCUGGGAGCUGAGGAUGGGAGGAAGAGUGGAGUAAGAGACAGGCUAGCUAUCAAGGGCUGUGUAUGCAUGCCUGCCUGCAAGUGUGAAUGCGUGAGUGAGUGUGGAAGAGGGAGGUCGUUAUCGGACUGAAACAAAAGACGCAUUUUGGAACCCCGAAACAUUGCAACGGAAACUUUAAACUUUUACCCGCCAGAGCUUGGCUACUGUGCCGGGUCCCGGCUUUGUUUCGCGGCGGGUGAGGUCUCUAAUAAAUGCAGGGAUAAAAUAGCUCCAGAUCGACAUUUUUAACGCAGGCGGGGAAUCCCUUUGGACAGUGUUUUGUUGGGGGUAACGAGAGAAUGGCGGCCAACAUGUACCGAGUGGGAGAUUAUGUGUACUUUGAGAAUUCCUCCAGCAACCCCUACCUAAUCCGCAGAAUAGAAGAGCUCAACAAGAUCAUGGUUAAUCCAAUGACGGCCAAUGGGAACGUGGAAGCCAAGGUGGUGUGUCUGUUCCGGAGGCGGGACAUCUCGGGCAACCUCAACACUCUGGCCGACAGCAACGCGAGAGACUUUGAGGAGGAGUCCAAGCAGCCCACUGUGUCUGAACAGCAGAAACACCAGCUGAAGCACCGAGAGCUUUUCCUCUCUCGGCAGUUUGAGUCUCUACCUGCAACUCACAUACGAGGGAAAUGUAACGUCACCCUCCUCAACGAAACUGACGUCCUCGCCGGGUACCUGGAGAAAGAGGAGUGUUUCUUUUACUCGCUAGUGUUUGACCCGGUUCAGAAGACCCUCCUGGCGGACCAGGGAGAGAUCCGCGUAGGCUCCAAGUACCAGGCCGAGAUCCCUGACAAGCUCGCCGAAGGUGAAACACACACCCGUAUCCAGGAAAAGCUGGAGACCAAGGUCUGGGACCCUGACAACCAGCUCAAAGACCCCCAGAUUGACCAGUUCCUGGUGGUGGCUCGUGCUGUGGGGACGUUUGCCAGAGCCCUGGACUGCAGUAGCUCCAUCCGUCAACCCAGCCUGCAUAUGAGUGCUGCAGCAGCCUCCAGAGACAUCACACUGUUCCAUGCCAUGGACACCCUGCAGAAGAACGGUUACGACCUAGCCAAGGCCAUGUCCACGCUGGUCCCGCAGGGCGGGCCGGUCCUCUGCCGUGACGAGAUGGAGGAGUGGAGUGCCUCGGAGGCCAUGCUGUUUGAGGAGGCCCUGGAGAAGUACGGCAAGGACUUUAACGACAUCCGCCAGGACUUUUUACCAUGGAAGUCACUAGCCAGUGUGGUCCAGUUCUACUACAUGUGGAAGACUACUGACCGCUACAUCCAACAGAAACGACUAAAGGCAGCAGAAGCAGACAGCAAGCUGAAGCAGGUGUACAUCCCCACCUACACCAAACCCAACCCCAACCAGAUCAUGGCUCCUGGUAACAAGCCUGGCAUGAACGGGGCCGCUGGCUUCCAGAAAGGACUGAGCUGCGAGAGCUGCCAUACUGCCCAGUCAGCACAGUGGUACGCAUGGGGUCCUCCCAACAUGCAGUGCAGACUGUGUGCCUCCUGCUGGAUCUACUGGAAGAAGUAUGGAGGCCUGAAGACCCCCACACAGUUAGAGGGCGCCGCAAGAUCUGUCUCGGAGUCCACUCCGCGCGGUCACAUGACCCGCCAGGAGGUGCAAGGCCUGUCCCCGUUCACGACGAGCGGGGGGCGCGCCAAGCUGCUGGCCAAGAACCGGCAGACAUUCAUCCUGCAGACCACCAAGCUGACUCGUAUUGCCCGCCGCGUCUGCACUGACAUCCUGCAGCCCCGCCGCGCGGCACGCCGCCCCUACGCCUCCAUCAAUGCAAACGCCGUCAAGGCCGAGUGUAUGAUAAGGUUGCCUAAAGCAACCAAGGCCCCUAUAAAGAACCGCUCUAUCCCUCGACCACCGCUGGCCACUAUAGUGAAGGAACUGGCCAUCCAGGCUCCACUCAAGCUGAAGGCCCCCAGAGGCGCUCCCACACCCAUCAACCGCAACCAGGCCAACCAGCCCCGCGGGGGAUCAGGCCUGCUCGGGAAGAGGCCCUUUGACAGUAGCUCACAGGCGGCAGGGCUGCCGUUCCCCACCAAUGGGAGGCCGUUCACAUCGGGCAUGAGGACCACCUCACAGUCGGUGAUCAAGCGUCAGAAAGUGAACCAGGGAGACGCACCCAACCCCGUGGUGUUUGUGGCCACGAAAGACACCAGGGCUCUGAGAAAACACCUGACUCAGUCUGAGAUGCGGCGUGCAGCCAGAAAACCUCACCUCCCGGUCAGGGUCAAGCUGCCCCUAGGUCCCCGGACCCUGGUUCUGCCCACCCUGCCAUCCAGCACCAGCGAGCCCAUCGUCCUGGAGGACUAAGGGGGGCGCUGAGACCCACUGCGACACGGGGGGCGCACCACCCUGCACGCCCACCUGCUAGUGCAGCAGCGCACGCCAUACCAGUCCAGUAGUCGUUUUCUGUUGUCAUAUUUUUUUUGUUCUGUUACCUCCCAAAAGCUGACGUGCUGCUCACCACACACACACAUACACUUUAGUGACACCCACAUGCAUACUUUGCAUUGAGCUCACACAUACACAUGCCAACAUUACUUCUCUACACAUACUUACACCCACAUACACGCGCUAGGCUUUGGGCUUUGUAGUAUUUUAUUCCGGCUCUUUUUGCUUAAUUAUUUUGCUCCCCUUUUUUAAUGGCAAAUAUUUUUAACUCUGUAAUUUAAACUCUGAAAUAUUUCUCAUCCUGAAAUAAUGGUGUUAAAACACUUUAUUUUUUCCUCCAGGUCUUAUUUGUGUAAAUAUUUGCAGCUUUUUGAGGGGGUGACACCAAUUUGGUUGGGGAUGUGGGAAGGCCAUAGAAAGAAAUGGAAAUACUAGAAGGGACAAAGUCUCAGACCACGGCAAUUUGACUGAAUGUCCAUUCUAGUUAUUCUAUUUCUAUUGGGAAGGCUAAAUGGGACAGGAGUUUAUAGCAUGUUUAUUUUUAUUAUUUUUCCGGGAAAGUCUAUUUAGAUGUUAAUGAAACCAUGUUCCUUCAUAGGUCUGGGAGGUUGAGGUGAAGUACUUUGUAUGACUCAUCAUUCAAGCAUACUUGUCAAAUAAUCAUAUUCUACUUUUGGACACUCAUUCUGUUUAGACUUUAAUUUGCACUAUCACCCUGCCCCCUUUCCACACACCCAAAUAAGAACUGAUCCCCCCUCUAUCUCUCCACAAGCCAACAGAAGUUACGUUUGAUGGUUUGAUAGUGAGGGGGGGAAAUGCUGUUGUCCCCUAGUAGUUUGAGCUCUGUUUUUCUUGUUUGUCAUCACUAUCCAUUUGAGUCCUGCCUUGUCUCCUAUCACUUGAUUGUCAUGCUUGUUACAGCCACGUUUUACCCAUCCGGUUUCUGUAAAGCCUUUGGGGUGCGUUUUGGUUUUGACCUGCGAGAACGACCUCUCGAGUACAACGGUCUUGCAUCAUCAAUACAAUGGUAGGAGAGAGUAAUGGUUUAGGAAAAGGUGUAAUGUAGGUUAACAGGGUAGAAGACAUUCAUUUCAUGUAGGUUUGGAAGAUAUUCAAAAGUGUGUUCUGGAUGUGGAUCUGAUGGGUUACUGUGGUUUGAGACAUACGGAAUAGAUGCUGUUGUCUUUAAGGCCCUUAUUGUGAGAAAGCUGGGUUAUUUUUAGUGAAGGAGACCGAAUUAAGCCAUAAACAUUCAAGGUGUGUAAAAGUCCAUUCUAAGAUGGCCCCUGUGCAUGUUGCCACCUGUACGUAUAACACAUGCAUUCAGACCACCCAUAGGUUAAGUCACAGCAGUUAUGACAAUGGACUGUUUCGCUCUUGCUUUUGAACAGACAUGGCAAAUUAUGUUACGAGCUGGUCGUCAGAAUGUCAUUACUAAAGCAGCAAUAUGUAUUGACUUGGGUACAGAAGUCAUGUUUUUAAUGAUAUGAUGGGAGAGGAAUCUCCGGUGAUGUCUUUACUUGUGGAUUGAUUUGGUUUGAAUCUGUUUUUGACCUUUUUGUGUUUUAUGAUGAAAGGGUGCGUUAGAUUAAAUCGAUGCUUAAUUGGAUAUUAUAAUUCCUCAUGCUCCCUCAGGCAUUGGGAACUGACAACCAGUACUGGGGUAGAAAUGAAGGAUUUAUAUGCAAGUUUGGUCCCAAUGUGGGCUUUUGUAAUGUUUCUAAAACAAAUUUUAAGUGUUAAAAUGCUUAGUGAAAAUACUAAUCUGAAGAAAAAAAACUUGGCCUAUUGAUAAUGUCAGUUUUUUUUUUAUAUAAAACCUUUUAAAAAAAGCUUGUAAUUACUUCAUAUUUUGGAGAAGGUUAAAAUACUGUACAUGUGAACAUUGCUCUCUGUCAUUGAGUGGGUUUGGGAUGGGAGACUGGGAUGGUUGGCCAUCAAACAGUUGGGAGGGAUGGAGAGGGGGUUAGAAUUUUGUAUGUUGGAGAGAUAAUUAUGCUACAAUUACAUUUUUUUCUCAAGUGUUUUUUAUUCCAAUGUGUCUGUAUCCUUUUAAUGUAUCUUGAUAAGAAAAUAAAUAAAGAUUUUUUUUCUUUGUGGUCAUAUACA